CCCCCCCAACAAUCAUGGCGUCCGGGUUUGAAAGCGAGCGGGUCUUAACGGCGCGUAAGGAAGAGAGGCGUCGCCAGCGCGAGGCGCUGCUGCAGCAGGCAAAAGCUAAUUAUGAAAAAGAUGAAAAACGCAAGGAACUGAAGCGAUUGCGAGGGGAAGAUACAUGGAUGCUGAAUGAUGUGAACGAGCGUUUAGAAGAACUGGAAAAGGAACAUUCUGUUACAAAGAAGAAGCAGCAUUCAAAAAAACAUAAAAAAGAAAAGAAGAGGAAAAAGACUAAAAGAGAAAAAAAAGAUGAUUCAUCUGAUACCAGCUCUGGUUCUUCAGAAGAAUGGGUGGAAGCUCCUGUUGCACAGCCUUCUAGCACUGAGGAGUCUUGGAAGGUGAAGAAAGAACCAUCUGAAGAAGGGACAGUGGAAAACUCUAUGUCAGUUCAGAGGGAUGAGUGGAUGACCUUAGAUUUUAUGUCUGUGAAAACACUGUCUUCAGCAUCACUGAAGGCUGAAAAGCAGAAGGAAAAAAUAUUGGAGCAACAGAAAGCCCAGGAAAAUGAACAGUUGCUGCUUUCAGAAAGGGAGCUGAACCCAUAUUGGAAAGAUGGUGGUACAGGCUUACCACCAGAUGAAAUAUCAACAUCAGUGAAAGUAACAGCAGUAGAAGAUGGUGGAUUAAGCUGGCUAAAGAAAUCCUACCAGAGAAUGAAGGAGCAAUCCAAGACAGAAAAACGGGACUUGGAAGAAAUUGUAGCUGAAAGAUACGGGUCAGUAGAGCUAUUUCAGUCAAAGUUAAAAGAAGCUGAGACAGCUGCAGUCCAAAAAGAAAAUGUUGGUAGAAGAGACUGGCAAAAAUACAAAUAUUCAGAAAGCAAAUGUACUUUGAGGGAGGGCAAAGAGAAGCAGGAGGAAAACAACCCAGAAAAGUUUUCAUAUAAAGAACAACCUAAAGAGAAGCAUAGUAAAGUAUAUUCUGAGGAACAGAGAAAUUACAAAGGAAAUGGACUGACAGAGACUAAAGAAUCAAGGCCAAGUAAUAAAGAAUCUACAGUAGCAGACUUGACGUAUAGAACCAGAAAAGAUCCUCAUCCAUUAAAACAUUAUGAGAAACCUUUUUCAAGCUCUCUGAAAGCUGCAUUUCUGAAACCUAACAAUGAGGGUGAUGAAGGAGGCAGACAACAGAGAACCCCAUCCCAAUUAUUGACUCCUAGUGGCAUGAGCUGUGGUUUCCGGAAACCUGUAGAUGAUGCUGAUGUGAUCCCAAGAUGGCGCAAAGCACAACCUAAGGGUGAAAUUGGAAAAGCAACCCUAAAUGAAAAACCAUCCAAAGCUAAUAUGACUGUUACCAGCAGGGAGGAAGAGCCAAGAGAGAAAGGGGAAGAGAUCUCAGAAACUGCAAUGGAAACAAAGGAGCCAUUGGAGAGUAAAACAUCAUGUUUCGGAUCUGUUUCAGAGGAUGAGAAUCUGCACAUUCUCAGUGAUGAGGAAAUGAACAAACUGGGAGCCAGGAUUGUAAAAGCAGAAUUGAUGGGGAACAAGGAUUUAGCUGCAAAACUUCAGUCUCAGCUUGAUAAGGCACGCAAACUAAAAAACCAUGGAGCACAAGCUAAAGCAAGAGAAUCUGAUGUGACAACAGGCUUUCAAGAAGACCGUGAAGUGAUCCUGGUCAGAACUGAUAAAUCUGGCAGGGCAUGGCCUGUUAAUAUUCCAGAAGAAACAUUGGAUCAUGGAGGCAGAAGGAAGAAGAAUCCAAUGAUCCCUACUCAUGUGGAUAAAGAAAGAGUCAGAUAUUUUCAUGAUGAUGACAAUUUGGAUCUGAAGGAUUUGAUCAGGAAUGAAAAGAUGAGGACAUCAGAGGAUCACAAUAAACUUUUCAUGAGAAUGGCAUCAAAGUUUUCAGACAAAACUGAUAGAGAUUAUUACACUCUGGAUGACAUGUUUGUUUCCAAAGCAGCAAAGAGGGAGGAGAGUGGAAAAGAGGAGGAAAGGCAGAGGAAACAAGCGAUCCGUGAGCAUCAGCGACUUGCUGCAUGUAUGGAAAAAUGUCCUCACUGCUUUGGUAGCCCUGAACUUCCUAAACACCUAAUCAUUGCAAUUGGUAACAAGGUAUACUUAUCCUUGCCGAGGUACCAGUCUCUUACUGAAGGCCAUUGCCUGAUCACUCCUAUGCAGCAUUACACUGCUGCCACACUUCUAGAUGAAGACAUUUGGGAAGAAAUUCAGGUAUUCAGAAAAACGUUGGUAAAGAUGUUUGAAGCUCAAGAACUGGAUUGUGUUUUUCUAGAGACAAAUUUAAAUAUAAAUAAGCAAUAUCACAUGGUGUAUGAAUGUAUUCCUCUUCCAAAGGAAGUGGGGGAUAUGGCUCCCAUCUACUUCAAGAAAGCUAUAAUGGAAUCAGAUGAAGAGUGGGCCAUGAAUAAAAAGCUGAUUAAUCUAGGCUCAAAAGAUAUUCGCAAAUCGGUAUGUAUUCAGACUUGUCACUUGUAAUGCAAAGCUGAUUUCUACAUGUGAAUGUGGGCAAUGUUUUAAAAAACAGUGUCUAGAAAAAUACAUUAAGUUAAAUUGAUGAAAAAAAUGAAAUCUGAAUUCCAAGGUCAAAUCCAACCAUAGUAACACUGAUACAUUUCAAGGAAGCUCCAA